AUGUCAAGGGAAGAAGAAGACAAAUGCGAGAGACUACAGCGAGCGUUAUCGGACUGCCACCGUCGUGUUCCCUCCGGCCCCGGUCAAAACUUCGCCUGUCGUCAUCUCAACAACGCCUUCGCUGUCUGUGUUGUUUCUCUCGCAUGCCCUGAAGAAUCCGAGGCGGUGCGUAAUCUCUGCUCCAGCGCCGGCACCGUUCUUAAGCGCCGGCAAUGUCAGCAGGCUCAGAUUUCUCUCUCGCUCUGCCUUGAUUCUCAAUCGAAUUCGUAA